AUGUUCACUGUGCCAAUGGUGCGACUACACAAGGAGAAAACCUUGCCGAUCUCGGAGGACAACAGGCCGCUUAUUAUGCUUACCAGCAGUACAUCAGUGAAACGAAUGCAGAGGAAAAGAGGCUUCCCGGACUGGAGAAGUUCACUCCGAAUCAAUUGUUCUGGAUAA